CACUUGCUCUUUUACCUCAGUUUACGUUUUGCGAUAUAACAGGGAAGUUCUUAAUUAUGCAUCGCAAGUUUUUGCUGUUGGUGUCGUAUGCGGUCGUCCUGUCUGCAGCGGCGACGAUCCUGUGGAACAGCCACGUCGCUCCUGACGCCCAGAGCGCCUCCAUCCUGCGGAGAAUGAACAGCAUGGAUAAAGUGCAGCAGGAGAUUCUUGACUACAUUGACCGCCUUUACUGCAAUGCCUUCGACGUGAUGCCAUCUGGUGGUUUUUGUGUGGACGAUUCCAAGGCGUUUAGUGGCGGGAAUUUCCACUGGGACGGUUGGCUGUGCCGGGCGCUGGAGGACUUGUUCGGAGGCGCGAACGUGGCUGACUUCGGCGCCGGUCUCGGUCACUACGGCCAGUGCUUCCUCAGGAGUUACAAGAGCUUUGUGGAAACCGAAGACGAGGGCGAGAAGGCGGAGAUGGCGGGGAAGUUCGCGCGGGAAAUGGCGGCUGCGAAUCUCACCGGUAGAGGGCAGGUCGUUCGCUCGUGGAAAGGGUGGGACGGCGCGGCCAACAUCGCCCGUCUGAGCCGCGGCAGGAUCGGCCGGCUGAACCUCGCCCGCCGCGUGGAUGUGGGCGCGAGGUUCGACUGGGUUCUGAGCCUCGAGGUCGGGGAGCACAUCCCGAGGGCGUUCGAGGGCGUCUUCAUGGAUAAUCUGGUGAAGCACGCCUGCACAGGCAUCGUGCUGUCAUGGGCAGUGCCAGGCCAGGACGGGCACCACCACGUCAACACCCGAGAAAACGAGUAUAUUAAGGCGAGCAUGGCAGAACGGGGCUUAGUGGCCGACGAGGAGGCCGAGAGGAAACUUCGGGAUACUGCAUCGCUCCCCUGGUUCAAAAACACGCUUAUGGUCUUCAAGUUUCCCAAGAAGAAGUGUUGAAGAAAGGGAAAAAAAGAGAAGAGAGGAUCGGAGGGGAGAGCGGGGGAUAAGAGAGCAGGGAAGAGAGAGUUGAAAAACAAUGAUAAAAGCACUUUUAACAAUAACUAUGAAGUGAUUGCACCAAAAUAAAAUAACGCAAAAAAUUA